AUGCCUUAAUAUUCAUAUUCGCAAUCCUUGAAGAUAAUGUUGAUACCAUAUAUAAUAAUAGGAAUAUUGUGGUAAUACUCUCUUCAAUAAUCAAAGGUUUCCUUUGACAUUUCUCAUAGAGACAUAUUAUGAUUCUAUUUUGAUCUCAUAAUUUUUGGUGAUACAAAUAACAACAGCAUUCUUAUUUUUGAUUGGCUUCUAUUACAAGUAUUACUUAAUUAAGAGUUAGUAAUACAUCAAUUUAUGAUAUUUAUUGGAAAAUAGCUCCUAUGUUUUUUGUACCAUAUUGGUCAAAAGGAUCUGGAAAUAUGAUACUACCUGUUCUUGUAUACUUUUACUGCAUUAAAUAAAAUUAUACAUAUUUUAGAUUCUGGCCAGGUAUAAAUACAUUCUUAAAAUAAAUAAGGUUUAUAGUAUGAAGACUAUAGAAAUGUGGCAGUCAAAUAAUAAUAUCCUAAUCCUAUGAUAUUUUGGCCAAUAAUUUAUUUAGGUUUUGAAGUUGUACCAUCUAUAAUGAUCUUUUUAGGUCAUUUACCACUUUAUUAUGCAUUUAUAUCUUAAAAUCCAUGUACUUUUGCUUAUAACUUUUCAAUAAUAUUUACAAUAUCAGCAAUAGCAAUAGAAUUAAUUGGUAAAAAUACUUAUUAAUUGUUUUAGCUGAUUAUUAACUCUUUCCUUAUAGAUCAAAAUUACUUAAAGGUGAUUGUGAUGUAGGAUUAUGGAGAUAUUCAAGACAUCCAAAUUAUUUUGGAGAAUGUAUGUAUUGGUGGGGAUAAUAUUUAUGCUAAUUAUCAUUUGGAUUUGAAAAUGCUUGGACAAUCAUAGGUGCUGCAUGUAUUUAAGCAUUAUUUUCAUUUUAUUCUAUUCCAGAUAUGGAGACUCAUUUGUUAAAGAAAAGAGAAACUUAUGCAACUUAUAAAAAAAAGGUUGUAAGUUCAUUUAUUCCUUGGUUUAGAAUGGAGAAAUGA